UGGCUGUGUAGCUGUACCGUGUGGUGGGACCGUAUCGCGGGGUUGGAGUAUACAUAUUCGUGACUCGUGAGAGCAGGCUGUCAGGAACCAUGUUGUCCCGACUAUUGCGACCUGCCCGUGGCUUUCCGAGAGUUUUGCUCGGUCUGGGCCUGGCAAUAGCAGCGGCGAGAGUUUCGGAGAGCCCCGGGGAUGAGGACGGGGAGAGGAAAAGGAAAAGCCGUGCGGCCUACAACACGGCUAAAGAUAAGAGCCGCGAGUUACUUAGGAGGGUGAAGGAUGAGGUGGGAUCUCCAGGAAUAGUGGUGGGUGUGUCUGUGGAUGGUGAGACUGUUUGGACAGAAGGACUUGGGUUUGCUGAUGUGGAGAACCGGAUUCCGUGUUCAGCAGACAGUGUCAUGCGUGUAGCCAGUAUCAGCAAGUCUUUUACUAUGACGGCAGUGGCCAAGCUUUGGGAGGAGGGUCGGCUAGAUCUAGACGCACCAGUGCAGAAGUAUGUACCGGAGUUCCCAGAAAAGGAGUUUGAAGGUGAAAAGGUGACAAUAACAACAAGGCUGUUGACCUCUCACCUAAGUGGGAUCAGACACUAUGAUAAGGACAUCCAGAAAAUCAGGAAAAGAAUUGCAAAGAAAUAUUCUGAGACUGCAGCUUCCCUAGAGAGCAGCACAAAGAAAGAGCAGUGUGAUACUACUGGACCGAGCAAAGCAGGAGAACAAGACAAGACCAAGGAACAGGGUGUCAAAAAAUCUAAGAAGGCUGUGGCUGUUGAACUAGAAGAGUUUUAUAUCAAGGAUAAGUUUGACGGUGUAAUAGAUUCCUUGGAGCUCUUUAAAAAUGAUCCUUUGGUGUUUAAGCCAGGGACACAGUUCCUGUAUUCGACCCAUGCAUGGACUUUGCUAAGCGCUGUGGUUGAACGUGCCUCUGGAAGAAAGUUCCUGGAUUACAUGAUGCAGAUAUUUCGAGAUCUGGGCAUGAAGAACACUGUGCCAGAGAAACAUGAGCCUAUUAUAUACAAGAGAGCCAGAUUUUACAGCUUUAAUGACAAGAAGCGCCUGGUGAACAGUCCAUAUGUUGAUAACUCCUACAAAUGGGCAGGUGGAGGUUUCCUAUCCACUGUGAGUGAUCUUCUGACGUUCGGCAAUGUCCUCCUCUAUAGUUACCAGACCCAAAAUACCACUGGGAUUCUUCCAGGAUACCUUAAACCAGAUACUAUCACCAUGCUGUGGAGACAAGUCCCCAACACUGAGAUGUCUUGGGACAAAGAUGGAAAAUAUGCAAUGGGUUGGGGAACUGUGGAAAGAAAACAGGAUUAUGGGCAGUGUAAGCUUCAAAAACAUUACAUUUCACACACCGGAGGGGCAGUCGGAGCUAGUAGUGUCCUAUUAAUCAUGCCUGAAGAAGAUCCCAGGUCAUGGGACAGUCAGACAGUGAUCCCACCAAAAGGUAUUGUGGUGACUAUAAUAGUCAACAUGCAGCAAACAGGGCUCAACGCCACCGCUUUAAAGAUUGCACUGGAAUUUGAGAAAGCCAAGUUAGAACAGUCAUAAAAAUUGUGCGUUUGUACUGUAACCGUCCACUUCAUUCAUGAUCAGUUCUGUAUGUUUUUCAUUUGAUAACUAUGCACAAGUUUCAGAUUUCUACUGAUGAUCAUAGCUUAAGGAAGGAC